CAAUAAAACGAUUUCAGUGCCCCUAGUGACAAUGAGUGGUGAUUAGACUUUUCAUGGUUGUCGUUUAUUUGUAAAUCCUUGAAAAUGGAUACGAAUGCGAAUGAUUUAGCAUCUAUAGAAGUUUAUCAACAGCAGCUUCAAUUAGUGGAGAGUGCUUUAAGUUCUUGUCAAGACGACGAACAGAGAGAUGAUUUAUUAACGCUUAAAUCAAAUUUGAUCGAAGUGAUACGUCUCAGUAAAGAAAGUUUAGGAUUAAACGAAGAAAAUUGUUCCGAAAAACAAGAUGUAAAUAGUGAAAAUCCUUGUCAAAUCGAUAUUGAAUAUAUGAAGUUUCAAUCCGAAAUGGCAGAAUUGUGUGGUGAUACUGAAGGACCGGACGAAGCUCAAAUAAACGAGGAUGAAAAGCUGGACGAAGAAUUGACAGAAACAAUCUCAAAACUGGAGGGUGGAAAAUGUAGAGCUCCGUUCAGUCAAACGUGGGGUGAAAAAGACUAUCAUAAUGCAAUUAUUUUAUCUGUCGAAGCAGAAAAUUUGGAAUUACCUGAAGAACUAGUGGUUAAAGUUUUAUUCUGCAAUCCUAUUUGUGAUGCUAUGAAACCUUGUUCGUAUUUCCUGGAUGGAAGAUGCAAGUUUUCGGAUGAUAAGUGUCGGUACUCGCAUGGUCACGUCGUAAAAUUGUCGGAAUUACAAGAGUUUGUUGAUCCCGAUUUUACUACUUUAGAAAGGGAUUCUCUUUGUCUUGCUAAAUAUUCAAAUGACUUGUGGUGUAAAGCAAGGAUAGAAAGUUGUUUAGAAGAUCAUAAAUAUCUCGUGAAAUAUUUACAAUAUAAUGAUACUCAGACAGUUAACGUAGAAGAUAUUCUUCCUUGUUUUGAUACUUUGAUCGAAGACAGUGAAUUUCAAGACAGUGAUGAUGAUUUUUGUAAAUCUUUAGAGAGUGGAAAUCAGCCGGAAGAUUUUGUCAACUGGAGACCUUCAGAUCCGACGGCUAGACAGUUUGGCGAAUGGGAAAAGCAUACAAAUGGAUUCGGUUCUAGAAUGAUGGCACGGAUGGGCUAUGUUUGGGGUCGGGGUCUUGGCAAAAAUGGAGAGGGUCGUACGGAACCCAUUGAGGCAGAAGUGUUGCCCAAGGGAAAGUCAUUAGAUAAGUGUAUGGAAUUAAGAGAAACAUCUAAAAGUAAAGACUGUUUUUCUAUAAUAAAAAGAAUGCAAAAAAUUCAAAAGAAAAGGGAAAAAGCUAUAAUUAAAAGAUAUAAAGAAACAGUUCCUAAAGGAUCUGUUUUUGAUUUCUUAAACAAAAAAAUUGGAGUACCAAAAAAUGAUGUGAAAACAUUGAAUAAAGGUCAAGAGAUAAUGAAAUCUAGUGAUAAGAAUUUAAAUGUGCAAUCACUCAAAAUAAAUGAAGAUAUCAAAAGAGCAGAAAAAGAACUCAUUCAUCUCCAACAAGCAUUUAAUAGAAAUAAAGAAAGAAAAGAUAGAGUUAUGCAACAGCAGUUAGAAAGACGUAUUGAAGCCCAAAAAAAUACAAUAUUGAAUCUCAAGGAAGAAGAAAGAAACUUGUAUAAGGAACAAAAGUCAAGAAAAGACCAUAACAAACUUACUAUAUUUUAAAACUAAAUAGGAAAUUAUAUUAUCAGAAAAUGAUGUUUCAAUUACAGUAUUUAAUAAGCAUCACUAAAAUCAAAUUUUAAUAACAAAAAAAUUUAUGUAGGAUAAAAACUAAUGUAUUUACUUUUUAUAAUCUAUAAACUCAAUAAAUUAUGGAUAGAAAAAUUUCAUAAAAUAUAGUAAUAUUUAAUAAGAAUUAGGUGAAAUAUCAACCACACUAAGUACCAAUAAAAGAGUUUUGAGAACGACAAAUAAUUUGAAAGUUACAAAUAAAAUAUUUUCUAAAGCUAAAUUUUAAUUUAUUUUAUAAAUUGAAAAUAGCAGCUUCAGAAAAGUUUGUUAAUUAACCAUAGAUGAUAUUCUAUAGUUAUUUAAGACUUUACCAUUAAUUAAAAUAUGACAUUUUACAUGUAAGAUGUAAAAUUGUGUUCUUAUAUGACAAAAGUUUUAAAUUUUUAAAUAUGGGAAUUGAUCCAAAAAAUUGCCCAAAGAAAAUUCACUAAAUUCUCUUUACAUAAAAUUUGUUGAGAAAUUUAAAGUGUGUAUUAUGAUUUGAUGGCCACACAAUUAUCUUCCAAUGUAUUUUUUUUUUAUUGUAACCUUAUGCCAUAUUAUUUCCAGUUCAUCUCUCACAACUUUGUGGUAGUGUGUAAUUUAUUUGCAGAUUGAGUUGUGUCCAACUUGAAAUUAUUAUUAUUAAAAUUGUAAAUAGAAAAAAGAUUUUAGUUGUUUAAUUGUUACUCGUUCUUCUGACAGAUCUUUUAGUCAUAGCACAAAUUUUACCAACAAGUCAUACAAGGAACACACCAGUAUUUGACUAUUUAAACUUCAUUAUACAAGGGGGUAGAAGGCCCAAAAUGCAUUUUGGGCCUUCUACCCCUCUUAAGUCCUUUAUUACAGAUCUUUGACUGUUUAUUAAAAUUAUGUUAGUGACCACUGGAUGAAUCAACAUUGUAUUCAUAAGCUGAUAAAUAAAAUUAAGUUAACAUAAGGCUAUGAUAAAAUAUUUCCUAUUAAAUUAAAAAAGCAUGAAAAGGUGGGUUAUGUACUGUACCUGUAUAAAACUGAAAAA